GCUGGCAGCUAGCGGCCCGCGGGAACCAUGCUCCGGGGGUUGGCGGGCACCUGGGCCGUGCUCGGCGCGCUGCUCUGGGGCUGUGGGCUGGCGCUGCUGCAGGGCGGGAUGCUCUACCCCCAGGAGAGCCGGUCGCGGGAGCGCAAGGAGCUCGACGGCCUCUGGAGGUUCCGCGCGGACUUCUCCCAGAACCGGCGCCAGGGCUUCGAGCAGCAGUGGUACCGGACGCCGCUGCGGGAGUCGGGCCCCAGCCUGGACAUGCCGGUUCCCUCCAGCUUCAACGACGUGGGCCAGGAUGGGCGGCUGAGGAGCUUCGUCGGCUGGGUGUGGUAUGAACGGGAGGCCGCCCUGCCCCAGCGAUGGACCGAGGACCUGGGCACACGAGUGGUGCUGAGGGUCGGCAGCGCCCACUACUACGCCAUCGUGUGGGUGAAUGGGGUCCAUGUGGCAGAGCACGAGGGGGGCCAUCUCCCCUUCGAGGCUGACAUCAGCAGGCUGGUCCAGAGUGGGCCCCUGUCCUCCUGCCGCAUCACCAUCGCCAUCAACAACACGCUCUCCCCCAACACCCUGCCGCCAGGGACCAUCCUCUACAAGACGGACACCUCCAAGUACCCCAAGGGUUACUUUGUCCAGAACACAAACUUUGACUUCUUCAAUUACGCGGGACUGCAUCGGACUGUGCUUCUCUACACCACGCCUACCGCCUACAUCGAUGACAUCACCGUCGCCACCGACGUGGACCAAGACACUGGGCUGGUGAAUUACCAGAUCGUUGUCCAGGGCAGUGAGCACUUCCAGCUGGAAGUGUGUCUUCUAGAUGAGGAAGGCACGGUCGUGGCCAAGGGGACCGGGGGCCGGGGCCAGCUGCAGGUGCCCAGUGCCCACCUCUGGUGGCCGUACCUGAUGCACGAGCACCCUGCCUACCUGUACUCGUUGGAGGUGAAGCUGACCGCACAGACGGCUGCUGGGUUUGUGUCUGACUUCUACACCCUGCCCGUGGGGAUCCGCACCGUGGCUGUCACACAGAGCCAGUUCCUCAUCAACGGGAAGCCUUUCUAUUUCCACGGGGUCAACAAGCAUGAGGAUGCAGACAUCCGAGGGAAGGGCUUUGACUGGCCGCUGCUGGUGAAGGACUUCAACCUGCUUCGCUGGCUGGGCGCCAAUGCCUUCCGCACCAGCCACUACCCCUACGCAGAGGAGGUGAUGCAGCUCUGCGACCGCUAUGGGAUCGUGGUCAUCGACGAGAGUCCCGGAGUGGGCAUCGUGCUGGCCCAGAGCUACAGCAACGUGUCUCUGCAGCACCACCUGGAGGUGAUGGAGGAGAUGGUCCGCAGGGACAAGAAUCACCCGUCUGUUGUGAUGUGGUCUGUGGCCAACGAGCCCGCUUCCUUCCUGAAACCAGCUGGUUACUACUUUAAGACGCUGAUUGCCCACACCAAAGCCUUGGACCCCUCCCGGCCCGUGACCUUUGUGACCAACUCCAACUAUGAAGCAGACCUGGGGGUGCCUUAUGUGGACGUCAUCUGUGUGAACAGUUACUACUCCUGGUAUCAUGACUACGGGCACAUGGAAGUGAUUCAGCUGCAGCUGGCAACCCAGUUUGAGAGCUGGUAUAAGACCUACCAGAAGCCAAUUAUUCAGAGCGAGUACGGAGCAGAAACCAUCACAGGGUUUCACGAGGACCCACCUCUGAUGUUCAGUGAAGAGUACCAGAAAGGCCUGCUUGAGCAGUAUCACGUGGUUCUGGAUCAAAAACGAAAAGAAUAUGUGGUUGGAGAGCUCAUCUGGAAUUUUGCUGAUUUUAUGACUGACCAGUGUAAGUGGCAGUUCGGUGCAUGGAAUGUACCGCUUCUCCUUUUUUCAGGAUAUACAGAUAUGGAAUUGGGCAAACAUGACGGGAGUAUUGAGAAAAAUUGAUACACAAUUUGCCUUGUAAUAAAUCUACUGCACCUAGACAGAAGACCUGGCAGAUAACAGGAUAAAAUAUUAACAACUGAAAUGCAAGGACAAAAAAGGACAGAUUUAACUCUAAAAGUAUGAAAACUCUUGUACAAUCAGAACUCACGAAACUGACAUUAAAAAGGCUAAAGAAUGGGUAAAAUGUCUGUAACAAAUAUGAAGUGUACUAUUAUCAGGAUCCCAAUAACUAAAUUGGCAAUAAAAGUAAAUUAAAGUACAGUAAAAUUAAAAUAAUGGCUACUAAUAUGUAACUGCUGAAUUAGAAAUUUUACAGAAAAAACUUUAAAAAAUGAGGAUAGAUGAAGCUUUGGGGAAACCUGACAACUGAGGGAAAAGCAGUUUGGUUA